AUGGCUGGCGAGAGUAUCAAGAAGGCCAGCAAUGCCUUGGCCAAAGGCCUGGGCAUUAAGGUCGCCUACCGUGACCCUAUGGGUGCCAAUGACCCCGUCACUCGCGGCGAGUCCGCUUUCUCUGUCGGCACCGUCGACACCUAUUCUUACAACGAGCCCGAGCCCACCAGUGUCGAAUGGAUCCGCGAAAUCACUCCUUCUUGCCACCAAUUCGUCAACUAUCUCAUUUCCUUAUUCCCCUUCCUUAAUUGGAUUGGCCGCUACAAUAUGCAAUGGUUCCUGGGUGACCUAGUAGCUGGUAUCACCGUUGGUGCCGUCGUUAUUCCCCAGGGUAUGGCAUAUGCCAAACUGGCGGAGGUGCCAGUACAGUUUGGUCUGUAUUCGUCCUUUAUGGGUGUUUUGGUCUAUUGGUUUUUUGCUACGUCCAAAGACAUUACUAUCGGACCCGUGGCUGUUAUGUCCACAUUGACUGGCGAGAUUGUGCUUCAGGUCCACUCCCAAUACCCUGACGUUGAGACGCACGAGAUCGCUUCCUGUCUAGCUGUAAUUCUAGGUGGUAUUGUCUGCUUCCUGGGUCUUAUCCGCCUGGGAUUCAUUGUCGAUUUCAUUCCUCUUCCCGCCAUCUCUGCAUUCAUGACUGGUUCCGCUCUGAACAUUUGUUCUGGUCAGGUGUCGACUAUGCUGGGUGAGACCGCUGGUUUUUCCACUCGCGGUGCAACCUACCUGACCAUUAUCAACACCCUCAAAUAUCUCCCCACUUCGACAAUCGAUGCCGCUAUGGGUGUGACAGCUUGUGCGAUGUUGUACAUCAUUCGCGCUGGCUGCACAUACGCCGCGAAGAAGUACCCAGCGAAGGCGAAGAUUUGGUUUUUCGUCUCUACCCUCCGGACAGUCUUCGUCAUUCUGUUUUACACUAUGAUCAGUGCCGCUGUGAACCUGCACCGUCGUGACGACCCUCUGUUUAAACUCCUGGGGGUUGUUCCUCGCGGUUUCCAGAAUGCUGCUGUGCCCGUUAUGGACACCAAGAUCAUCCGUGCGUUCUCUGGUCAGCUUCCAGCUGCCGUUAUUGUCCUCUUGAUCGAGCAUAUCGCCAUUUCCAAAUCUUUCGGCCGUGUGAACAAUUAUACCAUUGAUCCAUCCCAGGAAUUCGUUGGUAUUGGCGUCACCAAUCUCCUUGGUCCUUUCCUUGGUGGCUAUCCCGCGACCGGCUCUUUCUCACGUACUGCCAUCAAGUCCAAGGCUGGUGUGCGUACCCCACUGGGUGGUUGUAUCACCGCCAUUGUGGUGCUUCUUGCCAUCUACGCCCUCCCUGCCCUCUUCUUCUAUAUCCCUAAUGCAUCUCUUGCCGGUGUUAUCAUCCACGCUGUCGUUAUCGUGACUGUCUUCUCGUCUAUUGAGGAUGGUAUCUACUGCACAAUCUGUGUUUCUAUUGCGGUUCUGCUCUUCCGCGUGGCAAAAGCCCGUGGUCACUUCCUCGGCCGUGUCACCAUCCACUCAGUUGUGGGCGACCACCUGCUGGAUGGCGAUGGCAAAUACGGAUCCUUUGGAGCAGCCAAAGUUCCUUCGGACGACGAGGAGGAUCACACUCGCUCCAUAUUUCUGCCCAUUAAUCGCACCGAUGGCUCAAACCCCGAGGUCGAUAUCGAGCAGCCUCACCCCGGUAUCUUCAUCUACCGCUUUUCCGAGGGAUUCAACUAUCCCAACGCCAACCACUACACCGACAACUUGGUCAAGACCAUUUUCAACAGCACCAGACGUACCAACCCUCACGCAUUUGCCAGACCGGGAGACCGUCCUUGGAACGACGCGGGCCCGAAACGUGGCAAGGAGCCAGAAGACGCUCGGGAUCCCCGACCCCUCUUGCAAGCUAUCAUUCUCGACUUCUCUUCCGUCAACAAUGUUGAUACUACCUCGGUUCAAAAUCUGAUCGACGUGCGCAACCAGCUGGACCUGUUUGCCUCACCUCGCUCCGUGCAAUGGCACUUCGCCCAUCUCAACAACCGCUGGACCAAGCGUGCACUCGCCGCUGCCGGCUUUGGAUACCCGACUCCCGCCUCAAACGAAGGCUUCCACCGCUGGAAGCCCAUUUUCAGCGUGGCCGAGAUCGAGGGUAGCUCCUCGGCUGCUGCUCACGCCGAGAUGAUGACCAACGAACGGGCACAACACGAGGAUCUGGAGGCUGGUAUCAAGGCCGACAACAAGACUGCCGAGCUCGAGACCGACCCUAUCGACGCUUCGUCUGAGGAUAGCACUGUGAUCCGCGAAGACAAGCUUCAACGCGACUUGACCGACAGCAAGGCGUAUCGUUCCCGCCGCAAGGUCGCCCUGGUCCAGGGCAUGAACAGACCCUUCUUCCACAUCGAUCUGACCAGCGCUCUCCAAAGUGCUGUAGCCAACUCGUCCGAGGAAGUCCCAUUGUAA